AGUCGAGUCAAGAGUCAAGUCAUGGCAUCUCGUUAUAGGAAUUGCAAUCAUCGGACAGCUGCCAAAUUUCUAUUCCUGCCACUUCUGCUGCUGCAGUUGCUGCUGGGCGAAGUUGCAGGCUUUCCGGAUGGCGCGCCAGCGGAUACGUGUGUAAAGCAGAGGGCGAAUCAGCCUAAUCAUGGCAAGGCGCGCUCACAGCCGGCGCAUACAAAUCCGUUCGAAGUGGUCGCCAGCUCGCAGACGUUUCAUCCGGGGCAACAAGUGGAGGUGACCAUUUAUCCCGUGCAUCAGGAUAAGACAUUCCGUGGCUUCUUUCUGCAGGCGCGUGAUGCCAAUUCAAAUGAAUGGCUCGGCGAAUGGGUGCAGAGUGAGAAUACGAAAACGAUACCAGAGUGCUCGGCCAUAACGCACUCGGAUAAUCGUGAUAAGCUGGGUGCAAAGCUAAUAUGGAAGGCGCCGCAGAAUAAGCGUGGCAAUGUCUACUUUACCGGCACUGUGCUACAAGAUUACGGCAAUUUCUGGAGCGAACUCGUCGCCAAAGUGCAAGCGGAGCAAUAAGAUACAAGAGUGUUUAAUUAAAUUUGAUUAGUUCUAGCAUUUCUCGGUGGCAAUAAAUCAUAAACAAAUAAUGUAGUUCAACAAAUUGUUGUUUUUAAUUAAGUGCAAAUACCACAAAACGGGCCAAGCCCCUAAAAAGCGUUCGCCAAAUUAUUGACUUAAAGCUCAACGUUUAUGAAUGACCAGCCUGCUCUCACACACACACACACACACACACGCACACAAAUAUAUAUCGACUACUGCUCACACACACACACAUGCACGUAAAUGUAUCGACGCCAGCUCACAAACACACAUACACACACAUUGCUUGGCCCCGCACGAAUUCUCACACGUUUAAAUUUCCAGGCACGUUGCUUGCAUCUUAUUGGAAAUUCGUUUUCCCAUUCGGCAUAGAAGUAAAUUGGAAAAUUUAAGCACCUUUAUUUUUUGCUCAUACAUAUGAGUUAAACCAUUGGAUGAUAAAGUAAUUAGAACAGCAUGCUCUGAAUGGCAUACAUAAAUAAUACGUUCAAAAUCUGGGGAAAUGUCUAAUCUGGCAGAUAAGGCGUAGAAAACGUGUAUUUGGAAGUGCUUAUAAAGCGUCUACAAUAAAUGAGUUUGCUAUCAGUGUAUUUAUGAGCAGAUAAUAUUCUGUCUGGCAAACAUUAUGUCAGUAAAAGUGUGUUAAGCGUUUAUAAAAUUAAAAUUAGCUUAUGAAAAAUACAACUAAAUUCGUAUCAUUUUAAUAUAUUUUCAUGCGUGAUAAUUCGUCAUAUGGAGCGUCUACUGUACCUUACAA